UGCUUUAAAUAGGAUGCCUCCUCAGGCAAGCCUUCUCGGAAUCUAAAACACAUUUCGCGGCUGUGUUUUUUUCUGAAAUUCGUGAUGGAGUCGCUUCUUAAAAACCUCAAAGAGCAUGUAACAUGUUCGAUUUGUCUGGAUACUUACACCAAACCCAAGACCAUCGCUUGCCUUCAUACGUUCUGCUGUGAAUGCCUGGAGCGACAUGCCUUAACAAGCCAAAAACAAGGGUUUUAUCGAUGCCCCGAGUGUCAGGCACAAAUUGGCAUCCCCGAAGGAAAGCGUUUUGAUAAUCUGCCAAGCAGUUUUCUGCACAACAGUUUGUUGAGUCUUCUUGCUGUUCGACGCAGUGGCGAAGGAAGCGAGAUCAGCUGUAGUACAUGCCAGAAGAAGAGCGCUGAGAUCAAUUACUGCUUCGAUUGCGAGAAGUUUAUGUGCCCCGACUGUGUGAAAGCACACGAAGUGUUUCGAGAUACUAUAUUUCAGGGACACAAAGUCACACCAGUUCGACAGUUUCAAGCUGCAGACUACGAGGCCUUGUUGAAACGGCAAUCGUUUUGCUCGGAGAAGUACCACGAGAAAAAGGUAACGAAGUUUUUCUGCGUGGUAUGUCAAAGCUGUGUUUGUCAAGUUUGUAUUAACACAGAUCACAAAAGCCAUGAUGUUGUUCCGCUUGAAAAGGCAGCAGACGAUGAAAAAGCAAACAUCACUGCCCGAGCCGAGCUUGUAAAAGAGAAGAAAGAGGUCUGCCGAGAUGUUAUUCGUGAAUUUGAGAAGACGGAGCAUGAGUUGGAAACAAAUAUUAGCACAGCUAAACGCCGAGUUUCCCAAGCAACCGAACAGAUGAUGGAAAAGCUUCGCCAACUUGAGCGUGAAGCCAUUACUACCCUCGAGAAGUCUCGCGUGUCGAGGAUUGCGAAAUUACAUUCUGGAAAAGCAUCGGUUGUGUCUUUUGAAAAGCAACUUGACCAAGCAUUUGAGUUCAGUAACAACCUGGUUGAGAGGAGCUCAAGCUCAGACAUAAUGCAAAACAAGAAAAAUGUGCAAGAACGAAUUGAAGACCUCAUCAAGACCACAAUGCCUGCACUUCCGGUUAGCUCGUGCGUGGAGUUUGUGUGGACAUGUGAACCAGAGAGUUUGAGUCUGGGAUUUACGAAAUUCAGCGAAAAAGAUGUGCAAGGAUCGACCGUGGAAGGCUUGGAUCAGAAUUUUCAAGCUGGUGUAAAAGCAGAGCUGCUGAUUUGUCCCAAAACAAGUGAAGGAGAAAUCAGAAACACUCAGCACACAGAUCGUGUUGAAAUACACAUAGACCCUGCUGAUCAAGUGAGGAGUUUGGUGACGAGUGAAAAAGAAGAUGAAUGUUUCCAGGCAAAAUUUGUGGUGAAAGUACCAGGUACAUAUAAAAUAGAAGUUAAGGUAAACGGACAGAGACUUGUCAAGAGUCCUUUUACUAUUGUGGUCAAAGCACGAGAGUUUAACAUUGUUGGUAAGUUGGACUUUCAGGGAGAAGUGCCUCAGGCUCCAAGCGGCAUUGCAGUGAACAGUAAAGGUGUUAUUGCUGUGGUUGAUUAUGAUGGUCACUGUAUCCUGGUAUUUGAUGAGACAGGAAAGUUUGUGCGAAAGAUUGGUGGUCAAGGUGACAAGGAUGGGCAAUUUGCGAAUCCGCCUGACGUCACGUUCCUCAACGAUGACGAGAUUCUAGUGGCAGAUCAAUUUAAUCACCGAAUACAGCAGAUAAAUGUUCAGACAGGGAACUUUGUGAAAAGCUUUGGAAAAAAGAGAAGUGGAGAUGGAGAGUUUGGGUAUCCUGUAAGUGUUUGUAUUACAAGUGAUGGACGUUUUAUCGCUGUAGCGGAGUUUGCUAACAGCAGAAUUCAGGUGUUUACAAUGGAUGGUGAACCUGUGUUCAAGUUUGGAGACAGCGGCCCAGAAAGGCUGGAUCAUCCCACCAGCUGCGUUUGUUACGAGGAAAAGUUCUUUGUAACUGACCGCAAUAAUAACUGUGUGAAAGUGUUUGAUGGCAAGGGACGGUUUUUGUACAAGUUUGGAGAAAAAGGAAACGGUGAUGGACAGUUGAAUUCUCCGUAUGGCUUAUGUGUUGACAAGUAUGGCAACCUUCUCGUAUGUGACUCGGGAAAUGGACGCAUUCAACAGUUUUCAUUGGAGGGAACUUUUACUUGCGAGACAAGUGCUAAGGUAACCCUUGAAGGACUUUGGGGUGUUGCCACAAUGCCAGAUGAUCGGAUUUUAAUCUCUGAACACAAUAAGAAAGAAGUAAAAAUUUGGAGAUAAAUCUACAAAUAACAAUUUCAUUACCAGUGCGACAUGGAUAUGUUGAGGCUUCAUGUUUUUUUUUAUCAUUUGGCAAAAAUUCUCCUAAAAUGCUUUAAUAGAGGGCCAGGACUGACGACUAAGAAUUUUCACCAUUACACUGACACAUUCUUCUCGUUUGUUCUUUUCUUUGGUAAAUUACUCGUCAUAAUGAAGCCGAAAAAUAGCUUAUGAUCUAAGGGACCCGUAGUAUAUCGCUGUUAAGGUUGCUAAAUUUUGGGAACCUUUUUUAUAUCUUAACUUAGACAAAUCGGAUCUUCUUAGAUGGAAAUGUUAAGGACUUAAUGCUACGCAAUGUUUGAAUGGAUUGACUUUUAUGGACUAUAUGGUCGAUAGACUUGAUAAAAAUUGAUUUUGAGCUAAAAUAUUUGUUAACUGUUUCUUGAACUACAAAAAGCUCAAAAUAUGUCAAGCGAUUGCACCAGAGAGCUUUCCUUGAACUACACAUUAUUUUCGAUAAUUGUAAGUCGUGUUAUUUACUUAAUUUACCAGUAGAAUUUAGCAGACUGUUGAAAUGCAUAAGAGA